GUCCAGCGUCCUCUGCUGGGAUUCCGGGUGCUGGCACUGUGCAGCCCACAACAGCGCAGUCACAGGGGCAGGCCACGGCUCAGAUCACGUCCACAUCGCGGUUGACAGAGAGCCCGUCGUCUUCCCCAGCUCCGACGUCCGCUCUGAGCAGAGGCACCACUCAUGCUAGCACCGGUGCAGUUCCGACUGCAACCCACCUGAGAGGCACGACGGCUGAGCUGCUCGACCAGACAUCCAGUUUCCUCUUCACAACAUCGUUGACGGCUGCGUCCGUGGCCACGACGGACGGCAGAGGAGCGCCGACGGAGCACAACCCCCCGGUGACGCUGUCUGGGACAGUGAGCUCACCAGGGCUGUCUGGCGCUAGCCAGGCCACCAGUGCCGCUUCCACAACACUGCAGCCUGACACCGGUUCCACUAGCAUUGCCACAGCGAGUGGUAGUGUUGGCUUUGUUUCAGUGAGCCCCAUCAUGUCAUCAUCUUUGUUUACGGCAUCUUUGGAAUCUUCUUCUCUCUCAAAUUUUAUUCCGUCCACAUCUCUCAAGGCAUCUUCACCUGGAUUUUGCUCUCCGAUUACUCUCUCCAUACAGCUGGAGAAUGUGACCAGUAGAACAAUACAGUUCAGCUGGAAACCUCAAGGUGGCAGGAGAGACAGUCCUUAUCGUGUACGUCUCUGGGAUGGAUCUAGAGAAAUGGAGAAUAGAAACUUAAAUGAAACUAGUACUGCAUUUGAAGGUCUGGUCUCUGAUCAUGAAUACCAAAUAUCUGUGGAUGUUUUAACUUGCUUUAAGAAUGUCAGUACGUCGAUGACCGUUCGGACAGCUGCUAAAGUCUUCAAUGGAAUGACUAGGAUUACCAGUGAAGACUUCGUACCUGAACACCUGAACAAAUCAAGUACAGAAUUUAAGAAAUUUGAAGCUAAGUUCACUGAGGAGAUUAAAAGACAUCUGCCACCAAUGAUCCUGAAAUUAAUAGAGGAAGGAAAAAUGCGUAUUGUAAUUAAUAGCCUCAGGAAUGGCAGUGUGAUUGUAUUCUUCAACAUUGUGUUGGAUGAAGGAGAAAAUUUAACAAAGACAGAGGUUUCAGAUGCUUUUACAGAGGCCCUUAACAUGAGUACAGUACUGAAAGCUGAUCUUAAAAAGACUGUUAUAGAAGCAAGGAAUAGUUGUCAGCCAGGAUUAAAUGACUGCACACAAAAUGCUACCUGCACUGCUGAAGGAGCAACUUAUUCCUGUCAAUGCAAUGAAGGAUUCACAGAUAACAGUCCCCAAGUUCCAGGGAGAGUUUGCCAACUAAAGCAGAAUCCACCUUCACAACAGAUAACUACAGUCUCUCCAGAAAGUGGUAUGGGUAGAUCUACAGGAACCACAACUAGUUCUGUUUUUGCUACCACGUUUACAUCAGGAUCUUGCAUGCCAGUGUUCAUUAAAGUUGAGAAUGUGACUGGGGAGGCAAUACAACUUAGCUGGACCUCAGAGCAUGGUAAGAGAGACAGUCUCUACACAGUCUUCCUCAUGGAUGGAAUCCGAGAAAUAAAUAAAACAACUACAAAUGAGACAACAGUAAUAUUUAAAUAUCUGCUUCCUGGUCACGUAUACACAAUAUCUGUGGAAGUAUUAUCUUGUGCUGAGAAUAGCAGGACUUCAGUGAGUGUCCGAACAGAUACUCUUUCCUGUUUCAACAGAACUGAUUUUUGCCUAUCACAGAAUCAUGGUUGUCCAGGCUUAAAAUAUAUUAUAUGCUCAAGCUACCAAUCCUUUGCCUGCAAAGCUUUGUUAAAAAACCAGACAUUUAACAAUUCCCUUUAUGACAUUGAUAGUGGACGCUACAAAGCAAUGUCUGAAAGUAUCAAAACAGAAAUUGUUUCAGAAAUGCGCAUCAAAUUGAAAGAUGAUCAUUUUGAUAUUAUGGUGCUUGGAUUCAGACCCGGGAGUGUGAUUGUUGAUUUUAUUUCUGUACUGCAAAAACAAGAGCCUGUUGAUGUGGAUACUGUGCAGGAAUACCUAAGCCAAAUAUUAAAGAGCGUGUUUGGUGAUCAAACUGAAGUAACAGUGCAAUCUCUAUCUACUGGACAACUUCUUCCAUCAACUGAAAGAAGUUCUUCCUGGAAAGUGGCAGUGAUUGUCCUUGGAGUUUUAUUUGGAGUUGCAUUAGUGCUAUUUUUUCUGCUAGCAUUGAUUUAUAUUUGGAAGAAGAAAAGAUCAGGUAAAUACCUGGUUGAACCUACAGGACUCCUGGGAAAUUUUGUCUACAAGCACUUGUAACGAACCGGGGAAGACUAAGGUACUGAGAAACUCCUGUUCAUACUACUCACUAUAAGCAUUGUGAUGACUCCUAGCCAUUGGAUUGACGAUAAAGAGACAAAAAUAGAACUGUUCGAUACUCUUUUAUGUUUAGAUGACACAGCAAACUGACUGAUCUUCGUACCUAUAGCAGGACACUUGACCACAAAUCUGAGCCCAGGUGAUUCAUCUAAAGUGAGAUUUUUAUCACCGUAUGAAGAUGCCUUUUUCUCUCCAGUGACUGUAAAAUGGGCCCAGCGCAGUUCAUGUUUUAACAUAUACAGCUUGAUUUAGAGCCUGGAGGAAAGUGAGAUAAAUUUGUGCAGUAUGGACUUGCCACAGAUGUCUCUGGUGGAACAGGAAAAUUAUCUGAAGGCUUCUGAAUUCAAGACUUGAUUCCUUAACUCUUGGGCUAUGAAGAAAAAUAUGCCUUCAUGUGACAAAUGGAUAGCAUGCUAGAUAGAAAUGUCAUUUAAUAGGAAAUCAGUAAUUGAAUAGCUUGAUUUUACUAGAUGAUGGGAGAAGGGAUAAAAACUUCAUCUGGACUGAAGUAAUUUGUCAUUUUAAUUUAUGCCUGUCAAAGAAAGCUGGGCAAGAGUGUGUCAUAUAAUGCUGUUUUGCCUUGCUCCUGAUAAUCCCAAAGCAGAGUCUGCUGAAAACAGCCCAGUGGAUCCCGUGGCUCUGCACAAUACCCUGUGUUCCAGGGAAAUGGAAAGAAACAGCCUUUAUUUAUUUUCACCACUCUUAGCUGCAGUCCCAAUGAGGUUACUGUCUGCUUCUCCUGUGGUGUAUUUUUUUCUUUGGAAAGUGCUGAACAAAUAAUAAAAGGCAGUAUAUUUCUGUACAUAUUUUCAGUAGGAGUUACUUAUUUAAUCUCAAAGCAGUUCUCCCUGUGUCUGUGUAUUUUGUCUGUAUGCCAAUGCUCAGCACUGAAAUACUGAAAGCACUGAAUACCUUGUGAUGUUCUGAGACCCUGGCUCCAGCCCUCUGAGCAGUUCAUGUCCUUUGUCUUUGCUGAUUGCAUUAUGGUUAGUUAGUAAGGGUUAGAGUAGGGAAGUGUCCAGAAUCGUAGCAUGUUACAGGACAUCAGCGCUGAAAAGAGCCUCUGUGUGCAGUCAGGUUUUAUAUAUCCUUUCCUACAGCUCCUGGAUGAAUCUUGCCAAGGACCUGGGUAAGCAGAAAGGUUGAGCUGUCUAGGUGCUGGCCUCAACACGUAUAGGCUGCUUUAGUUCAGGUGUAAUAUCGUCCCAGUGGAAAUCACAGCCAGCAAUGGUCUCUGCCCUGGGCUUAGAGGCAGCGUUGGUGUGAGGCCAAUGGCCUGUGCUGGUUGCAUGAGCACCUCGGUGUGAUUAAUAUUUAUUAAAAAUUAUUUCUUGUAUGUUUUAAAUACAGCUGAUUUUUGCUGUUAUUUUUCCUUGAGUGGGAAAAUAACAUUUAACAAUGCAUUCUGUCAGUAAAUAUAAGUUCUCUGGUGAGCAGUGCUGAAAAUACCAAUGAGCUCUUUUGCUUAUUUUAAUACUUUUUCAUUCUUUUUGAGAGGUCUACUUUGAACAGCAAUAUCUUAUUGUUAAUAAAGCUUUCUGAUGUCCUUGCAAACAAUGUUGAACUAAAGACCAUGUACAGCAGGGUUGUACUAUGGAAUUCUGGGAAUAGUCCUUGUAAAAUGCCUUUGUUUCUGAAGAAAUAUGGUAUUUUAAGUGUCUUUUUUCCCCAAAAUUUUACAAAUAAAAUUUCUAUUUUUACAGUUUUGUAUUCUGAAGGCAUCUGUUGUUUCUGCUGUGUAAAGUGGAGUCUCUUCAAGGUGCACAAGGGGAAGAUGGCCCCCUCCAUCAACAAUAAGCUACCUUGGUCCAGUAUAUGA